GAAAUCAUGAGCUAACUAGCCCAUCAGGGGGCUUCUGAGACAAGACGCUAAACAUAAAAGGUGUAGAUGUCAUCUUAAAACUUUGAUUGAGAUGCGAGUCCCCUUGCUCACCGAUCAAUUUGAGAAUCGAAGUUUUCUAUUUACAACCGUUGGCAAUUGCGUGGAAGUAUGCCACUAUAGCAUCCCUUUUAAGCAGCCAAGACUAGUUCUUGGCAGUAGAUUUUCUCGUCCUUGUAGAGGUUGUUGAUUUUAUCUACUAAUGCAUAUCUGAGUGGGACAAUCUCGUGAAAGGUAUCUGCUUUUAAGAUCUUCUUGCCCCUUUCUCUAUUAGCACCAUGCCCCGAAGAAAGGGCGAAGCCCACGCGAUUGAGUUGGCCACGCAUCAAUAGGGCCCAACCCCAACUGGGGGAGCCUUCGAGUGAGUCCAUUUGCUUUGGACAGUUUCUGCAAAAAUCUUUUCUUGGAACCUCUUAGCUUCGAAGAAGAAUCUAGGGUUAUGCUUGACCAUUUUCUCCUCCUUGAUGCAAAUAAAUAUUAAAAAUCCACCUACACUUAUUUUCAUUUCCGUUACGAAUUCCUUAUUGGACAAGCAUUGAUACAGCAAUAAAUGACACCACCAAUUGCAAUCCAAAAGGUGUUGGUCGAAAAUCUUCACGGUUGCAUCUGAGUAGUGUAGUACCAAUUCUGGGCCUUCAAUUCAUUGCCAUAUUUCUCUUUUGCGAAUCACUUAAUUAUUAAUUGAAAUAUGAAGUGCCAAAUAUGCAAUCGCCAUUCUUUAGUAGCGGGAUAAAUGCCUCAAAUUUCCUAGUAAAAGGAGUUUGGGUCAAACUGGCGAGAAAUAAAGAAAGAAUAAAUGGGGAGACGGGAAAAACCCGAAGCAUUUCCGGCUGACCCCAUUGACCAGCGUCGUUCCCUCUCCCAAGCCCUACGACACGGGCGGAGCAGCAGACGGGGACAAGUAUUUUCCGCGACAACAGCAACCGCCGCAACCUUGCCAUGCAACAGCAGCAGCAGCAGCUCACGCCUCAGGGCUUCGGCGCCGGCGCGGCAUUGUCGCCGAUGCAGGGGAUCGGCGCGUCCUCGUCUUCGUCGUCGUCGCAGGCGGCGGCCGCGACGGCGGCGGCGGCGGAUGCGGCGAGGGCGCGCGCGGCGGAGCAGAUGGCGUACGAGGACGCGUGGAAGGCCUGCAACCCGGACUUCACCACGCCCUUCGCGUCCGUCGAGGACGCCGUCACCAGGCUCCUCCCGUACCAUGUCUUCGCGGAUUACGAUGAGGAGGACACCUACAUCGACGACGCCGGGACGGAGAAGUCGAGUGCGGAGAGGUGGGACAACGACGUGGGAGCCACCAUGACGAUGCAGAUCGCGGAGUUCGAGAAGCACGUGCUGACCUUCAACGUCAUGGCCCGGCAGCGCGCCGAAGGCACCAUGCGCAGCGAGGAGCAGCUCCUGCUGGAGCGCGCGCUCAUCCAGGACGAGUUCCGCGUGUCAGACAACGUGCACCUCGCGCACAUCCAGCAGCAGCAGCAGGAGGCCGCACGGGCGUCGCGCCUGGCACUCGCGCAGGCGCAGGUGCAGGUCGCGAACGCGUGGCCGCUGGUGCAGCCCAGCAACCCGUCCGGUUGGCAGCAGGCGCUCGCCGCGGCGGCCGCGGCGGCGGGGGCGCGCGGCGACGGGGUGCCCGCGCAGAUGGCGACGGCCCAGGGCGUGGCAAUGCAUCCGCAGGUUGAUCCUUCCGCGGCCAGCGCGUGGCUGAUGAUGCAGCAGCAGCAGCAGCAGCAGCUGGGCCUGGGCGUGUGGCCAACGUUCGCGGCGCCGCACAGCGUGGGCAGCUCAAAUGGGCAGGCGGGGCCGUCGGCCUUGUGGCAGGAGCAGGCUGCUGGGGAACAGACGACGAGCGGCACGGCGGUUGGCGGGAUGGCGCAGCCGUGGUGGGCGGGUUCUGCACAAAGGAGGGAGCAGUAGGGCUUAGUAUCGUCAGACUGAGUGAUAUACAUUUUGUAUUGUACUGUAGCAUGUGCGCAUGUGUUCUGUGAACUCUGCUUGGAUGUAAGAGCACCAAACAAACAGACGAUUAUCACAACAGAUCAUGGUGUUCAUCCCUGCAAAUGGUUUGCUUUUCCGAAA